AUGGCCGCCUACGUUGCCACCAUGGCCGCCGCUUCCGUAGUUGUUCCCGUUGUGGCCACAGCUGACGUUCCCACCAUGACCACCACUUCCGCAGUUGUUCGAGCUGUGGCUACCGCCGAUGUUGCCACCAUCACCGCCGCUUCCGCAGCUGUUCGAGCUGUGGCCACCGCCUAUGUUGCCACCAUGGCCGCUGCUUUCGCAGAUGUUUCCACCGUGAUCGCCACCUACAUAGUGGCUCCCACCAUGGCCACCACUUCCGCAGCCAUUCCCACCAUGGCCGCCGCCGCCGCUGCUGCCAUAGUUCAUGCCAUAACCGCGCCUUUUCAUCUGUGA